AUGUCGGACCUGAAGCCGUGCGACUGUGGGGACAGGAGGCAGCAGCCCAGCACCAUCAUGCUAUGUAGGACCCGGAGCAGCCUGGCCGCCUCUGCCCCGCGGGAGCACCACAUGUUCAUGGAGGACGCCUAUAACGCAGCCAUCUGCUUCAAGAUGCUUCGGGACCUAAACAACUCAGACCCAGUCCGCCUCAAGUACAUCAUCAAGAAGAUCAAGAGCAUGGCCCACUGCUCCCCUAACCUGGUGCUGGAAACUAUCCAUGACUACUUCACUGAUAACCCAAAGAUCUCUACCCGGCAUAAGUUCAGGCUGUUCCAUGUCCUGGAAAGUGUCAUCGAGGCCAGUGACUCCCUGGAGGACAUCUGGGAGAAGACCUUCAUGCAGCUGGCCCUGGACAACAUGACCAAGUCCACGGAGCUGGAAGAGACAUACCAGGACGCGGCGGGCAACGUGCUGGUGGCCAUCUGCAGGCACUCGUGGCAGCGGGUGGUCGGGCAUCUGGAGGCGCAGGUGCUAACGGGCAUCUUCCCGCACCGCAGCCUGCUCUACGUGCUGGGCAUCCUGUCCUCAGUGGACGAGCUCUUCAACAGGGAAGAGAAGACCUACUGGGAAGAGCAGCUAAUGAAGAUGGCUGACAGCUCGGUCCAGUUUCUGCAAAUGGAAGAUUGGUCCCGGGAGCUGCUGGGUGCCCUCACUAAGCCUCACCAUACACAUCAGGAGCAGCCGCCCGAGAAGAUCUUCCUGUUCAUCUACUACGGACUGAUCCUGCAAGCUGAGCAGAAGAGCAGUACAGUGCGCAGCCACCUGCAACGCCUGCUGGAGACGUCGCACCAGUGGGCCAGGCAGAGGGAGGGCAUGGCACUCACUGUGGGGCUGGCUUCUGUCCGCCACCUGGACCACGUAUGGGCCGUCCUGGAGCAGUUUGGCCGAAGCAAGCCCAUCAAAUGGUGUCUACAUGGCUUCCCGAUGAAGAGCUCGGAGGAGCUGCACUGGAAGUGGGCCAGCUGCACCAUCCUGCUGUCCUACGGCCAGAUGGCCGCUAAGGCCAAGGCGCACAUCCUGCCAUGGGUGGACAACAUCCUGUCUCGGAUGAUCUUCUACUUUCACUACAGCGCCUGGGACGACACCCUAAAGCAGAGCUUCCUUUCCUCGAUCAUCAUGCUGGUGGGCGCCAUCAGCCGCAACGAGGGCGCGCAGAGCUACGAGUUCACGCAGCUCCCUGCGCUGCUGGACUGCCUGGCGGUCCUGAUAGAGAAGGAGCCCCCUGACUUUCUGUGCACCGCCAACCGCCAGCAGGCCCUGCACAUCAUCUCCAGCCUCUGUGCCUUCAGGCCGUCCCUGGGCGCCGACAGGAAGUCGAGGCUGCUGAGCACCUGUCUGCAAAGCGUUCUGGCGCUGCCCCUCCCCGACGUUCUGGAGAAGCACCUGUGCCUCUUCCUAGAGCCGCCCAACAUACAGUCCCUCUACAAGGACACAAUGAAUGCCCUGGACAAGAUGCUGCAGAGCUUCAUCCUGCAGAAUCCCACGACGGAGGAGCUGCAUUUCCUGCUGUCGCACCUGUACAUAUGGCUGGCUUCUGAGAAGGUACACGAGCGGCAGCGCGCUGUGCUCCACUGCCUGGCCCUCCUCGAGUUCCUGAGCCGCAACCUCUUCCUGGACCCAAAGGAGGAUUUCAAACGAAUGGGGCAGCUGGUGGGCAUGCUGGGCAUUCUGUGCCAGGACCCGGACAGGACCACCCGGACCUCCAGCCUAGAGGGCAUGGGCCACCUGUACAAGCUGCUCCUUCACCAGAGAGGUGGGUCUCUGCGGCGCCCCAGAGCCCAAGGAAGCCAGGCCCAAGAAGGCCUGCCCCACCUAGAACCCCGCGCCAGGGACCCCCAACCAGCCCCGCCCCAGGGCCCCGCCCACCGGUCAGCCUCGCCCCAGAGCCCCGCCCUCCCACCGGUCCCACCCACCCAUUGGUCCCGCCCAGGGUUACGCUCACCCAGAAGCCUGGCCCCAGGCCCAGUGGUGCCAGUGAGACCUGCUUCCAAGGAGGAGCCCCAGGACUCCCUGGUCAGCAGGAAGGAAGACCUGGUCUGGAGCGGUGGGGACCAGAGCAAGGCCACCCCUUCACCCCAGCACGCAGCACCCUCCAAGGCCCUCAGCCUCUUCCAGAUCAGCGGCUCCCAGGCCAUCAAGGUCAAGGCUCUGCGCAUCCAGGAGGUCACGAAGCACCUCACAAUGGCGGAGCUGAGCGACCUCAUCUGGACGGCCAUCGAGGGCCUGGGCGCCACCAGCCCCUUCCACGUGCAGGCCGCCGCUGAGAUGCUGCUCACUGUCACCCAGGAGCACGGCGCCACACUGAAGACAGUGGCCAGCCUGGGCCGGGCCAUCCACUUGCAGCUCUGCUCCGUCCGCAUCCCCAAGGCCAGGGACCUUGGUCUGCAGGCCCUCACUGUGCUGGCCCGCAGCCACACCUCCGAGCUGGUGACCGCCCUCCUGGACUUCUCCCUGCCCUUGGACAGCCACGCCUCCCGGUCCUGGAGGGCCCUGGGGGCCGAGCAGCCCCUGAGCCGCCGCGUGCUGGCCACGCUGCUGGACCACCUGCUGGACCGAGCCCUGCCCGCCACAGCCAGCACCCCGGCCCAGAAGACCUACCUGCGCUCGCUGGCCGCCAUGGUGACGCUGCAGGAGCUGCAGUUCGUGCGCGAGUUCAGGCACGCUGUGCGCGAGGCCUUCCCCCGCCUCUUCCUGGCUCUGCUCACCCAGAUCCGCUUCGUCCUGGAGCUGGACCUGCAGGAGGCCCCGCCCCACCCGGAGGGGCCCAACCACCACGCUCCGCCCACGGGGCUGACUCCCCCCUCCCCCCACAGCACGGCCCUAGAGGCGCUCAAGAGCCUGCUGUCCACCACUGGCCACUGGCGGGACUUCGCACAGCUGGAGCUACAGGGCGCCUGGACACUGCUGACCAAGCUGCACAGCUACCCGCAGGGCGUAGGCCUGCUUGCCAGGGCUAUGGUGCAGGACCACUGUGACCAGAUCAGAGCCGUGCUGUGGCAGCUGCUGCCCGCCCUGAGCAGCUGGGAGCAGCGGGAGCGGGAGGUGGCCGUGCUGAUCCUCGGGGAGUUCCUCUACAGCCCUGCCCUGCUGGACGUGCUGUCUAAGCAGGAUGCUCUGACGCUGCUGUCGCAAAGCCUGCAGGACCCCAGCCCCGAGGUGCGCGUGUGGGGCCUGCAGGGGCUCGGCCACAUCCUCUUCCACCCGGAGAAGGAGAGCCUGCUCCGCAGCCAGCUGCCACACUUCCUGGGCGGCCUCUGCCAGAACAGCGAGUCGGCCGUUGUGUGUGUCAUGGGCACCAUGUCCAGCUUGCUGCGCUGCCUGGGCGGCCAUGGCGCCGGGCCCCUGAGCCUAGAGGUGGCCAUCCACGCCUGCUCCUUCUUCGACCACGAAUGGGACGAGAUCCGGGCCGCAGCCAUGGCCCUGUUCGGGGACCUGGUGGCUGCGACAGCAAGUGGGGAGCUGGCCAGCCUGCAAGCCCAGGUGUGCCAGAGCCUGGUGCCUUUGCUCCUGCACCUGAAGGACCCCAGCCCGGCUGUGGCCACGCAGGCCAAGUUCACCUUCUACCGCUGCGCCCUGUGCCUGCGCCUGCCGCUCCCGCACACGCUCUUCUGCGUGCUGGCCUGGGGGCAGGGGCCCAGCGCCCUCCACUUCCUCUGGACCUACCUGGUGAGACGGGCUCGGGGAGACUUCAGUGUGCACACGGCACAGGCCCUUGGCGCCCUGCACAGCUGCCAGGGCCACAUCCGGACCUGGGCCGCCCUGUUCCUAGGGUACGCCAUCUGCUACCACCCCCAGGCCAUGUCCCAGCUGCUGAACAAUGAGGCCACCAACCUGCUGCUCCACACGUUUGAGGAACUGGAGAGCCACGAGGAGCCGGGCAUCCGGACAUUCGCCCGAGGGCAGCUGGCCUUCCUGCAGAAGACAGCAGGCCCCUGGCAGCGGUGAAUGCCCACUGCUCCUCCGGCCCUCGGACCAUCCACUGCUCAAGGCUUUUCCAUUAAAGAAAGAUCUAGAUUAUUCUGUAAAGUGUCCCAGCUGUCAGCACGAGGAUCAAAGAGCAGGUGCAGAGGGGCUGUGGGUCCCCUUCAGUAGGUGGGUCUCUGGGCAGGAUGCCACACAACAGCGGCCCUGGGUGGCCCAGGGCAGGCCUUCGAGCCCUUGUAUCACUCUCCUAAGA